CCAUUUCCCAUCAGGUCCUGCGUGGAGGAGGGCUUCCUCGUCUCGAAGGCGGGAAAGGAUGGCCUCAGCCAGCACCGAGGGCCCGCUGGGGAUGCAGGAUUUUGUCCGGAGCCUCUUCCAAGGCAGGCCAGACCUCAGUGCCCUCACUCUCACUAUCAUCCGUAAGAAGUUCCUUCUUCACACUGGAAAAAAAACUCUGACGAAGGAGGAGAAGGAGCAACUCAAAGAUCUGGUGGAAGCGGAACUGAUGAAGGUUGACGAUGCCUCAGAUGGUCAGGAAGUUCCUGUUUUGGGCAAAUCGAGAGGCCGCAAACGAUCCCGUCACCCCUCUGGUAGCUCUGGUGAUGAGGUGGAAAGCAGACAAGAGCAGAAGAGACAACGGACGGAAAAGAACAUAGAAACCAGUUCUGAUGAAGAAGAUUCUGGGAUUGACUCUAAGAAGCUUCCACUUCGCGUUGGCUCAAAACGUGCUGGGAAGUCCUCAGGUUCUUCUGAGCAAGAAGACAGUGGAGCAGAAGGCCAUACAGAUGGAUCAGAGAGCGAUGGGUUCGUCUCAAAGAGCAUAAGAAAGAAACCACCCCAAAGAGCAAGAAACGAGAAACAAAAAGGUGGUAAGAAAUCUAAGGGGCCUGGUGGCAAGAGACCGAGAGACAAAUCUGGGAGUGAGUCUGAGGAAACCACUGAAGAGCAACAGAGUGAUUCGGAAGAAGAGGCCAAAGAAGAAGCAAAUUCAGAGUCAGAAAGCGACUCUGAGCAGGAGAUCCAGAAAAAGCAAACGUUUAACAAAGAACAGAAACAGACUGCUGCCAAAGGUGAGAACAGGAAGGUUGGUGGGCAAAGGAGGAAAAAUAAGAAUGAGUCAGAAGAGGAAAGUGAGUCGAUUAAGGUGGGGAGGGCUCAUGGGGAGAAAAGAAGUGACUGGAGUGAGAGUGAAGAGGAAAAGAAAGGAGGUCACUGCAAAAAGGGGGAAGGCAAGGCAAAAGGGAGAACUCGGAAGUCUCAGGAGGAGACCGAGAGUGAGGAUGAUUCGGAAAGUGAGUCAGAGAAGAGACCCAAGGGCCGGAAGAAUACGGCAAUUAGUAAACAGAAGAAAAAAGGCAUGAGCAUAGAAAAACUGGACAGUGAUUCAGACAACAGUGAGGGCAAAAGUCAAAUGAAGGUGACAAAACAGAAAGGGAAAACUAGAAAGGCAAGUGAAGAAAAAUGGAGCUCUAAAUCCGAGAGUGAUUCGGAAGAUGAGAACCAGCCUAAGAGAGGAGGAUUGAAAAGGACACAGAAGAAGAAUGUGGGCAGAAAGAGGCUGGUGGAAGGACAGGAGAGGAAGAAACAAGGCAUGCCCAAGGGGAGCGCAAGCAGUGAAGAUUCAGAAACUGAUUCAGACAAGCGGAAGGGCUUGAAACAAAAUAAGAAGGGAAUGCAGAAAUCCAGUGAUAGUGAAAGUGAAUUGCAGAGUGAGACAGAAGAGAAAGAAAAGGAGAAAAGCCAGGGGCGGAAGACAGCUCUAAGCAGCGACGAAUACGAGAGUGGGCCAGUAGAGUGUGAAACUACGAUUCAGAAAAAGAAAAAGGAACAGAAAAAGAAGAGCGACAGUAUGUCUGAGAGUGAAUCUGACCAGGAGGAAAAGAAAGGAGCAGAAAAGUCCAAAAGGGACAGCGACACGGAAUCAGAGGUUGAUUCUGAGGACUCUGGGAGGUUGAAAAGGAAACAAAGUCAAGGCCAGCAAAAGAAAGCAAAGGAGAAGCCCAAAAGAAGACCGAAGGAAGGAUCCGAGAAUGAAUCUGCGGAGGAGGAAGAAUCAUCCAGCUCAGAUGAAAAAGAUAACCGCACUUCUUCUAAACAGCACCAUCAAGGAAAGGACAAAGACAGUCAUUCUGGGAAAGGUGAGGAGCACCCCUCCAUCCGACGCCUGAAGCGCUACAUCCGGGAAUGUGGAGCGAGGCGGAAUUACAAGAAAUUGUUUGAGGGUUGCCGAUCCCGCAAAGCCCAGGAGGAGAUCCUCAAACGGGAGUUAGAAAACCUUGGCAUGAAAGGGGCACCAUCUCUAGCAAAGUGCAAGGAUCUGAAGAAGAAGCGUGAAGAAGCGGCUGAGGUGGCUUCACUUGACCUGAGCAACAUUAUCACCACAGAAGGCCGUCCAAGGCGUCGCAACGUCUGGAGUCUCUACAGCAAGCCUCAGGAUCCUCCCAGUUCCCCAGAGGAAGGCCCUAUCCGCCGUCCCACUACAGACUGGUCCUCCCUUCGUGGGGUCAUCAGCUCAGAUGAGGAAAGCGAUUGACUUGGGGCAGGAAGGGGGCCUUGAUGGGUUGACUGUUGACCAGGUUGUGAAGAGAAGUAUGCAUUUGGCCGACCCGACAGCCAGGAGAGAUGGACUACUUUGUUUUACACUCCAAACAUAAGUUACAAAGCCUUGCAUAAGCUGUCAACUUUUUGCUGCUGUUGCCAUUUUUUGUUAUCAACAAAAUGGGGCGUGAUGGCCUCCGUUAGAGGCAAGUACUCAUCUCCUGAAAUUAUAUCUGCUCUGAAAGGAAGAGUUGCAGAAGGAUGGAGAUAUUCAGUUCCUUGAGAAAUACCGGAGCUGUUUGGAUACUGUUAUUGAUGGUGGUCUUAUCAUUUUCCCCAUCUGAGAAGUGAAGUAUGUAUUGGAAGAGAGUGCAAUUUGUUUACUUUUAUUCCACGUCAGCCCAGGGAACAUGAGUGUAUUUUUAUGUCUCGCAAGCAUAGGUUUGCCUUCGCUCUUGGUGCAGCCCGAAGGAGAAUGAUUUGUUAUCAGGGAACAUGUUUCCCUGUUGUAAAUGUUGUGUGUUGGAAGUUUCAUAUGGCUGGAAAAGAUUUGAAAUGUUUUUUUUAAUCCCUUAAAUAAAAUAUCUUU